CCAUAUCCUUCCUCUUUUGAUAAUUCCUUUUCGGGUUCUAGCUUUGAUGGCAAGGGAAAUGGGAAAAUUUUGGGUGGUGGCAUUGGUUUUUAGUUUGAGUUUGAUUAAUGGGGUUAAAGCAGCACCACAGGUUCCUUGUUUGUUUAUUUUUGGCGAUUCAUUGGUGGAUAAUGGGAACAAUAAUCAACUGAAUUCAUUGGCAAAAGCUAAUUAUAUGCCUUACGGGAUUGACUUCCCUGGUGGACCGUCCGGAAGAUUUAGCAAUGGAAAAACUACUGUUGAUGUUGCAGCUCAACUUCUGGGGUUUGAUUCUUACAUUCCUCCAUACUCAACUGCAAGGGGCCAGGACAUACUCAAAGGAGUAAACUAUGCAUCAGCAGCUGCCGGUAUAAUAGAAGAAACCGGUCGACAAUUGGGAGGUCGCAUUAGUUUCAGUGGACAAGUGAGAAAUUACAGAAACACAGUCCAGCAGAUAGUGAACUUGCUCGGAGGUCAAAAUAAAACCACCACUUAUCUAAGCCGCUGCAUUUUCUUAAUUGGGUUGGGAAGCAAUGACUAUCUCAAUAACUAUUUUCAACCUCUGUUUUAUUCCACCGCUCAACGCUACACACCAGAACAAUAUGCAGACAUUCUUAUUCAACAGUACACUGCGCAGCUUAAUAUCUUAUACAACAAUGGGGCAAGGAAGUUUGCGCUUGUUGGAGUUGGGGCAAUAGGCUGCAGCCCCAAUCAGUUGGCUCAAAAUAGUCGAGAUGGGAAAACUUGUGUGGCCAGAAUUAAUGCCGCAAACCAAAUUUUCAACAACAAGCUCAGAUCUUUGGUUGAUCAAUUCAACAACAACCGAUCUGGUGCCAAGUUUAUCUACAUCAACGCGUAUGGAAUCUUUCAGGAUAUAAUAAGUAGGCCUGCUGCCUAUGGUUUCAGGGUUACAAAUACGGGAUGCUGUGGUGUAGGGAGAAACAAUGGUCAAAUUACAUGUUUACCAGCUCAAACUCCAUGCCCAAACAGGAAAGAAUAUGUGUUUUGGGAUGCAUUUCAUCCGACUGAAGCUACAAAUCAGAUCAUUGCAAGGAGAUCAUACAGUGCUCAGUCUGCGUCGGAUGCUUAUCCCAUUGAUAUCCGCCGCUUAGCUCAGCUCUGAAGAUGGAGAUUCUGAUUGAAGUGGGACAUUAGGAUGAAUUUAUAUGCACUCAGUAUUGUUUUUCAGUAUUAUGUUGUUGUUAUAAUUAUGGUUGGCUAUAAGGAAUUGUGCAAUCAACUGUGUAAUCACAGAUGACCAAAUCCCGUUCGGGGUUUGGUUUAUUUUGCAAUUUUAUGUGGGUUUGUUUUAAGAUAAUAAAAAAUGAGAAUUGCAAUA